AUGUACGGUGAAGACGCGAAGACCGUCGAGGUGCUGGUGGAAAUGCAGGAACAGCACAGACUGCACGUGAAGAUCGUGGACCCGGCCUCUCCCCGGUACGAGGUGCCCGAGGCGGCCCUGAGGGUCCCCAGACCCGGGCAGGCGGCGGACAACCCCAUAUAUAGCGUGACCUUCACACACCGGCCCUUCAGCUUCAAGGUCACCAGGAGGAGCACCGGGGCCACCAUAUUCGACAGUUCUGUGGGGAAGCUGACGUUUUCUGCCCAGUUCCUGUCUGUGUCCACCCGGCUGGCCAGUUCUAACCUGUACGGACUGGGGGAGCACGUCCACAGGCGCUACAGACACGACCUCAACUGGAAAACUUGGCCCAUCUUCGCCAGCGGUGCCAACCCUUUUGGGAACUAUGAGAACCUGUACGGUCACCACCCGUUCUACAUGUGCCUGGAGGAUGACGGGAAGGCAAAUGGCGUCAUGCUUCUCAACAGCAACGCCAUGGACGUGACCCUCCAGCCGGGCGCCGCUGACUCCGCCCCCAUUGUGACGUACCGCGUGAUUGGCGGGGUGUUGGAUUUCUACAUGUUCCUCGGACCCUCCCCGGAAAACGUCGUGCAGCAGUACACAGAGGUCAGUGACCUUUCUCAGACAGAUAAUAUAUGUAGACGGUUGCCAUGCCAACCGACGGUUGCCAUGCCAACCGUGACGUACCGCGUGAUUGGCGGGGUGUUGGAUUUCUACAUGUUCCUCGGACCCUCCCCGGAAAACGUCGUGCAGCAGUACACAGAGUUGAUCGGGCGACCCGUAAUGCCUGCGUACUGGGGCUUGGGGUUCCAGCUUUGCCGGUGGAACUACACCAACACCGCGGUACUACGGGAAGUCAUAGAGCGGAACCGGGCUACGGGCAUUCCUUAUGAUGUCCAAUAUGGCGAUAUAGACUACAUGGAGGAUAGAAAGGACUUCACGUACGACGAGGAUCUGUACCAGGGGCUUCCGGAUCUGGUGCAGGAUCUGCACGAUCAUGGACAGAAGUACAUCAUUAUUCUGGACCCAGCCAUCACCAACUCUAACCGUCGGGACGGGUCGCCCUACCUCCCGUACCAGGACGGGCUUCGGGACGGCGUCUUCGUCAAGGCGGCUGACGGAGAGACCAACCUCAUCGGAGAGGACAUGAACGAACCAAAAAGUUUCAUGAACGGGUCCAACAACGGAUGUGAGAGCAACAGGUGGAACUAUCCUCCUUACAAACCCGCGAUUGUAGGCAGUAUUAUGUACGACCUGACGCUCUGUAUGGACGCCCAGCAGUUCUGGGGGAAACACUAUGACGUCCACAGCCUGUACGGACAUGGUAUGGCCAUCGCUACACGCGCGGCGAUGUCGCGAGUUUUCCCGACAAAACGUGGUGUGAUCAUCACCAGGUCUAGCUUCCCCGGGACCGGGCACUACGCCGGGCACUGGCUGGGCAGCAACAAGGCGGCCUGGGAGGACAUGGCCUGGUCUAUACCCGGGUUGUUCGAGCUUAACUUGUUUGGAAUCCCCUACGUAAGUAUUGAUGGUAUCUCCAAGUUUGUUCGUUUUGUAUGUCCUCCACAGGUCGGAGCGGACAUCUGUGGUUUUCUAUGGGACACUACAGAGCAGCUGUGUCAGAGGUGGAUGCAGCUCGGAGCUUUCUACCCGUUUUCUCGCAACCACAACCACAGGAACUACAAGGACCAGGACCCGGCCGUCUUCAGUCAGGCUAUGAUCGACUCUACCCGUGACGUCAUGAUGACGCGCUACACCCUGCUGCCCUACCUGUACACGCUGUUCUACCACGCCCACGUUACCGGGGCAACGGUCGUCAGGCCGCUCCUACACGAGUUCCCUACCGACUCCAACACGUGGGACGUUGACAGGCAGUUUCUGUGGGGCAGCGGGCUGCUCAUCUCACCUGUACUAACACCGGACACCACAACAGUAUCUGCCUACUUCCCUGACACUCCAUGGUAUGACUACUACACGGGUCAAGAGGUCGAAGGUCAGUACAGAGGUCAGACGGUGACCCUGGCUGCUCCACUGAACAAGAUUAACGUCCAUGUACGAGGUGGCACGAUUCUGCCGACUCAGCAACCUGCCAACACUACUGUCUACAGUCGGAAGAACCCGAUGGGUCUGCUGGUUGCCAUGGACGACUCGUCUGCAGCAUCCGGGACAUUGUUCUGGGACGACGGAGAGGCUGUCGAUUCAAUUGAAAGGAACGAUUACUUGUUCGUGAACUUCAGUGCAUCCUCGACUGAGUUAAUCUGUAAUGUCGUGGCUCUACCCUUGGGAGGACCGACUCCAAACCACUGGGCCAGUCUCCGGUACGGCACCGUGUCGGUCUACGGGCUCGCCCUCGGCACGGGGACGCCUACCGUCCGGGCUGGUCGCGUGAACGGCCCGCUACAGACCGUCGCCGCAAGCAGAGUGCAGUACGAUAGGGAAAACAAGGUACUUAGCCUGACUGACCUGCAGGCCAUGGACCUCCCCAUCACCCAGAGCUUGCGGUUCAACUGGGCGCAGACGUAA